AUGUUUCCAUUAUUAUGGCUAAACUCUAUUAUAAUUACGAAUUUUCUGGGGAUUAUUUAUGCGCAGCAUGAAAAUAGGACUGUUUGGGAAGAUGAGCAAACCGUCAUCGACGCUGAUGAUGUAAUAAUUAAUGACCGAAAUGGGCGCAAGAAUUUGCUGAGCGAUCGUGAAAUUAUUGAGAAUUUGCUAAGAAACUAUCGAUUCCCAGACCCAUCAUCAAAUAUAACAGUUGCUGUACACAUUUCUAUUGACAGAAUAUUGAACGAUUUGGAACAUGAAUGUAAUUUUUGGCUAACGAUAGAACAAAAAUGGGUAGAGAACAAGUUGGUUUACGAGGAAGACCGUCCGAAUGGCGCGCAUAUCAGAUUACGCUCAAGCUCAUAUAUCUGGAAUCCCUCAAUUGCGAUAUCGAAUGCUUACAGUGUGCAUUAUAUUGGGAAGGAGGAGAUCGAACUACACAGCAACGGGAUGGUGCAACUUAUCCAGAGGUAUAGCUCGUCAUUAAUUAGCAUUAAAUUUUGUGGCUCGUUGAACUUUUUUUAG